AUGGAUGGAGUAAAGCAAAGCAAUAAAAAGCAUUUAGAUAAGAAAUACUAUGCCACGUUUGGUUUUCUCAGAGAUAGUUGUUGGCUUUCAGUUUUAAUUAAGUCUAUAUCAACAGCAUUUAAUCAAACUGCAGCAAAAUAUGAAAAGUUACUGCUCUACUGCGACUUUGUGGAAAAUAUUCCAGUAGAUAGAACAUAA